AUGAAAGCAGACAAAGGAAAUGCCAUAGUAGUUAUGGAAAAAGAGGACUAUAACAACAAAGUCAAUGAUUUGUUGAAGAAUGGACCUUACAAAGAACUUACCAAAAACCCACUGAACAAUAUGAUAAAAACCACAAAGACAGCAAUCAAGAACAAGAACUACAAAAUACCCUCUAACCCUAAAAUACCAAAGUUAUACUGUCUACCAAAGAUCCACAAGCCAAACAAUCCAAUGAGACCAAUAGUAUCCAACAUAGAUGCACCCACAUACCAGAUUGCCAAACAACUUGUCACUGAAUUACAAGCCAUUAAUCAGCCUAUCACAUACCAAAUAAGGAAUAAUGAAGAGCUAGUGGAGAAACUGAAAAACACCCAGAUAACACCUACAGAUAGACUCAUCUCCUUUGAUGUCACCAACUUAUUCCCCAGUGUACCCAUACCAGAAACCUUGGCCAUAAUGAAAGACUGGCUCCAAAAAGAGAAAGUUUCCCAAGAAAGGAUUGCUGAACUCAUGAACCUCACAGAACUAUGCAUGAAACAAACCAUCUUCCAAUACAGUGGAAAGUUCUACCAACAAACAGGAGGAACAGCAAUGGGGAACCCUUUGUCACCAUUCAUGGCAGACAUUUUCAUGGGCCACUUGGAAACCAAACUGAAGGAAAUAGAAAAAGACUUCCCUAAGAUUUGUUUCAGAUAUGUUGAUGACAUCUUCAGUAUUGUACCAGAGGACUUCAACAUAAAUGGUUUCCUUGAGACCAUGAACAAACAAUAUGCAACCAUCAAGUUCACCUAUGAAUAUGAAAACAACCAACAACUGCCAUUCUUGGACAUCCUAAUCACCAGAAAAGACAACAAAUUGGAAUAUGACAUCUACAGGAAGCCUACUCACACCAACAACUACAUUCCUGCUGACUCUUACCAGCCCUGGAGCCAAAAAUUGGCUGCUUUUAACAGCAUGGUCCAUAGAUGUUGUGCACAACCCUUGAGCCCAAGAAAUAGAAAGAGAGAAUUUGACCACAUUAAAAGAGUAGCCAACAAUCUGGGAUACAAGACUAGAACCAUAGAUACCCUCAUCAAAAACCAUAUAAGCAAACAAAGAUUGAAAGAGAUCACCACAUUCCAAAGAGAUAAACCAGACAAUAGAAGAAUCAAGUUGACCCACUACCCAGUUAUAACCAACAAACUUUGCCAGAUCUUCAGGAAAAAUGAUUUAGAACCUGUCACAACUAACCAACAUAAACUGAAAACCCUACUGGGAAGCCUCAAGGACAAGGACCCAAAAACCGACCAAUCUGGAAUUUAUAAGAUCACAUGCUCUGGCUGUGACAAACUUUACAUAGGACAGACUAAGAGAAACAUCAUAACCAGAUACAAGGAACAUAUGCACAAAGCUAGAUACAAUAUUGAAGGAAAAUCAGCAAUAGGAGACCACAUUAUAGCAACUGGACACACAAUAACUGAACUCAACUUGACCCUAGAAAAACCAGUUGCCAGAAUAUCAGAACUACCAAUUAGGGAAGCAAUAGCCAUGCACAAAAACAAUAGAGAAAAACUCCUCAAUGAUGACUUGGGACCUUUGGACAUUGACCUGCUCAAAUGCCUACAUGGAACCAGUCACAUACACAUUCCAACAAACAGACACACCCAUCCUGGUAGUGACCACACCCAAGUUUUAGGACCAAUCACAACACAGAGAAACUGA